AUGUCGCAAUCAUUCUUGUCAAAGCAACCAGAACAAACUGAUGGCUGUUUUUCUCAUGUAUGUUAUACUCUAUUUGCGGAUAUAAUCUUUUUUUUGUUUCCAUCACACCAUCUGAAGACUGUCAACAAACAACUCGCGACCUUUUUUGAAGAUGAAGACAUCACAGACAUAUGUUCAUCAUCAGUUUCAAUAGAGGGAUUUGUCAGAGAGUUUGACGAGAAUUCACUCAGGAAGGAGUUGAUGAACACAAAAUUUGACUUUGGUGAGAAGUCCCAAUUCAACGGGAAAACAUUCAACGAAAUUUUUAAAGAGAAAGGAUUCAAUGAAAUUAAAAUUGUGUUUGACACAGAAGACUUCUUUGUUCACAGACUCGAGGUCUACAACCACAAGGUUGAUGUCCAUCACCUCCUUAUACAAUUGUUUAUUAGGUGUGAGCACUCGUUGUCAGUCCAUUCGUGUCGAGACUUUUCUAAUUCAAUUUUCAAAAACGCACUCCAAGAGGGGGCCGAGGUUACAAAGAACUAUUUCAAGAAUCCAACGAUAAGCGUGACUACCGUGGAAUGGCUCAGAAUCCAGGAUUACACGUCAUAUGAUAAAGAAAAGAUGUUAUUACCAUCACAAUUGCACAACGGUCUUGGUUUAACACGUGAAGUCCACCGAACAGUCCAACACUACGCCACUCAGUACAACAGGGAUGGCGUUUCAAAUACUCCAGAACAAUGGCACAAUGCGCUUCAAUAUUUGAAACUGGAUCCUCCAUUCAAGUUCUUGAAUCCAGCCUUUGAGGGCAUAUUCUUAAGUAUUAACGAAGCAGUCAAAGAGGAUAUACAAACGAAGGGCUAUUCCCAAGUUGUUUGGGCUAUAUCGUCAAGGUGUCUGAAACGAAGAGACAGUGGCGAGAAAUUUGACUGGCUCAAAAUGGAGCAAAUCAGUCCGAUUAGCAAAGAGAUGAAUGGGUACUUUGACUCUGAUAAGUACAAAGAGAUUGUUAAAAAGAACUUCAGACCGGACAACUUGUAUAUUGACUGGAAUAUGUUCCACCCAAUGUAA